AAAUUACCGACCACGAAGAAACGCCCGCACCGAAGAAGAGCCCGAGAGCUACGGCGACAACGGCAAAAAAGAGAAAAAAAAAAGGAAAACCCUAGACCAGUUGUAAGCAAAGCAAUAUACUUUUAGAUGCCCAAUUUUACAUUCAAAUUUAAGCCCCAUUAUGCAAAAGUGAGUCAGCUUAAUGGAUGAUGUUUAUGGACAAAUAGAGGUUUUCCCAGAACACUUCCAGGCCACAAAAACAUCUGAUGACUGUCUCCAGACAAGGGACUCGGUGACCGAUUAUUCACUGAGACAUCAUAGCCACUCGUGGGCUGUAAGAAGAGUAAUGAGAGCUGCAUCUUUGCUGAACUUGUUUUCUCUGCCACGUCUUCCUUGGUCAUCUGGCAGUGAUGAUGAUGAUAAGAUUGUACUAACUAAAACGGAAGUAGAAUCACUCCGAUCAGAAAUCACAGAUUUGGAAGAAAGAGAAGCUCAUCUGAAAGCCCAGUUGGAACAUCUGGAUGAACUUUUGAGGUUUGCACGGCUUUCUGGGUAUCUGUAUAUUCGAACGAGAUGGACACAACUUCCGGGAGAACCACCUAUAAUAGAUGAUGAAGAAGUUGAUGAUUGGCUUCCCCGCUUUGUUGUUCUUCAAGGGUCGUGUAUCUUCUAUUAUCUCAAAUCUACAGAUUUGAGCCCUCAAGACUCAACAUUAUUAUCUGAUGUUGUUGAAGUUGGGUCGCUGCCACCUCCGGACUCCACAUUAUUAUCUGAUGUUGUUGAAGUUGGGUCACCGCCAAGCUUCAAACAAGAAGAUGAACACAAAAGAUACGCAUUUUAUGUUUUGACCUGUGAUGGAUUGCGAUUUGAAUGCUCAAGUGCUUCCAAAAUACAGGUGGAUUCAUGGUUGGCAGCAUUAAGAGCUGAUUGCAAGUUUGAGCCACAGCAUCGAUCGGCUUCCCGGACGGUGAGGGCUCUCCUUUCCGCUUCCCAGAGCUCUCCGCUCUUGUCCGAAGGGCGAACCCUUGCAGCAGCUACAAUAACCACACUUGGAGGAAAGGUGCUGUCUGUGCCCUCAUUUUAUGAGAGGGCUGAUUAUAAGAACUCAACAAGGGGACGGAUUUCUGGUGUUCUUGCUGUUCCUGCUGCAGCAUACAUGCUUCAAGGCCAAGAGGCAUCUGCUGCGGAGCCCGAACGCACAUUCAUUGCAAUUAAGCCUGAUGGAGUGCAAAGAGGACUGAUUGCGGAGAUCAUAUCACGUUUUGAACGCAAAGGGUAUAAGCUUGUGGCCGUUAAGUUGGUAGUUCCUUCCAAGGAGUUUGCUCAGAAACACUAUCAUGACCUCAAAGACAGACCUUUUUUCGAUGGCCUCUGUGACUUUCUUAGCUCAGGCCCUGUGCUUGCCAUGGUUUGGGAAGGAGAGGGAGCUAUAAAAUAUGGCCGAAAGCUAAUUGGUGCCACAGAUCCACAAAAAUCUGAACCUGGAACAAUCAGAGGAGAUCUUGCUGUGGUUGUUGGAAGGAACAUAAUUCACGGAAGUGAUGGACCUGAAACAGCCAAAGAUGAAAUUGCCUUGUGGUUUGAACCUAGCGAGUUAGUUUCUUAUACUAGCAACGCCGAGAAGUGGCUCUAUGGAGGCAACUAAAGCAGUUUCUUGUUUCUCUGUAUUUUUCUAGUGCUCAUCAGUCGGCAGAGGUUGCCAUACUUGCAAUAAAUUUUUUUCGAUAUGUUGGCAGGCAAAAUCCACCUGCUGGGAAGUCCUUGUCAUUAAUAAAUUAUAUUCUGAGAUAGGGGUUGUGUUCCUGUCAUCAGGAUGCUUCCUGCAGGUUUUUGGGGUUUAUAACUUUGGCAAUAAUAAUCUGCACCAUUAUCAUUCAAAUAAUACUUUGAUUGUUAUAUUUCAUCAUUUA